AUGCUAGACCAUCAACAGAGGCAGGACGAGCGUGCAACGGGCAACGAGGAUACGCCGCUGUUCACCGAUCUCUGUGCCGAUAGCGAUGAUGCUGUGCCAAUGCAAGUGGAAUCGUUGUGUGUCAAUUGCAAACAAAAUGGAAUCACACGAAUUCUGUGCACAAAUAUUCCAUUUUAUCGGCAGGUAAUCGUUAUUUCGUUCAGCUGUGAGCACUGCGGCUACAGCAACAAUGAACUACAGAGCGGUGAAGCAGCACAGGGAAUCACACGAAUUCUGUGCACAAAUAUUCCAUUUUAUCGGCAGGUAAUCGUUAUUUCGUUCAGCUGUGAGCACUGUGGCUACAGCAACAAUGAAUUGCAGAGCGGUGAAGCAGCACAGGAACACGGCGUCGAGAUUACUCUUCGUGUCCGAAGCGCAGUAGAUUUGAAUCGGCAAGUUGUAAAGUCGGAAUAUGCCGAAAUUGAAAUAAAAGAAUUGGAAUUAAGCGUUCCACCGAAAACACAAACGGGUGAAAUUACAACAGUGGAAGGUGUUUUACGACGCGUGAUCAAUGGUCUUAAUCAGGAUCAGUUGCAGAGACGUGAAACUGAUCCGGAAAAUGCUGAAAAAAUUGAUCGAUUUAUUGAAAAAAUUGAAAAUUUAUUAAAUUUACAGGAUGUUUUUACAUUGAGAAUCAGAGAUGUAUCGGGUAAUAGUUUUGUGCAAAAUCCGAAUCCGCUGCAUGUUGAUGAGCAAUGCGUUAUAGUACGAUUCAGCAGAAAUCUCGCUGAUAACAAACUUCUCGGUCUUGUGGAGGACGAUGCUGAAAAUGAAGAUGCCAAAAAUGAAGUUUUACGAUUUACCACUGAUUGCCCAAACUGUGGCGCACCAACGGAAACGUGCAUGAAGCCAACGGAUAUUCCAUUUUUUGCAACAGUAAUAUUGAUGUGUACUGUAUGCGAUGCGUGUGGUUAUAAAUCGAACGAGGUGAAAAGUGGCGCUGCUGAUGUUGAUUUUGCACGAGAUGUUCUAAAAUCGGAGAGUUGCAGCAUGUCAAUUCCCGAAUUAGAUCUCGCUGUUGGUCCCGGUGCAUUAUCCGGGCGAUUUACGACUGUUGAGGGCCUACUUGUUGCUACCAGGGAUCAGCUCAAGGAACAAGGGCAGUUUUUUCUGGGCGACAGUACCGGUGAUGAAGAUGCUAAGCGAAUGCAGGAAUUUCUGGAUAAAUUUGAGCAAAUUUUACAAUUCAAAAUGAAAAUUCAUCUUGUUCUUGACGACCCAACAGGAAACAGCUAUAUACAGGGUUUGAAUGCGCCUAUGGAUGAUAGCCGAUUAACUAAAGAUUUUUACGAACGAACGGACGAGCAAAAUGAUGAGCUUGGAUUAAACGAUAUGAAAACGGAAAACUACGGGGAACUGGAGACAGUUAAAGAGGAAUGA